AUUCUGUUGCUGUUGUCUUUGUUUUGUGGUAACCAGGGGAGGAUCCACUGGCUGGAGACCAAAAUGAUCAUGAUAUGGACUCAAUAGCGGGUGUUCUAAAACUCUAUUUUCGUGGGCUAGAACAUCCCCUCUUCCCCAAGGAAAUCUUUCAUGACCUGAUUGCCUGUGUCACAAUGGAUAAUCUGCAAGAGAGAGCUCUGCACAUUCGAAAAGUCCUGCUGACAUUGCCUAAAACCACAUUGAUUGUAAUGAGAUACCUCUUUGCAUUCCUCAGCCAUUUAUCUCAGUUCAGUGAAGAGAAUAUGAUGGACCCCUAUAAUUUAGCCAUCUGUUUUGGACCCACACUGAUGUCAGUGCCUGAAGGCCAUGAUCAGGUCUCCUGCCAAGCUCAUGUUAAUGAGCUCAUCAAAACUAUAAUCAUACAACAUGAGAAUGUCUUCCCAGGACCAAGAGAGCUGGAGGGAGCUGUGUACACCAGGGGUGGAAGCACUGAGGAUUACUGCGAAAGCCCUCAUGGAGAGACGGCCUCUACAGAAGAUGCCACUCAGGAUAUAACUAUUGAACACCAUACAAGUGAUGAUGAAUGUGAACCCAUUGAAGCAAUAGCCAAAUUUGACUACACGGGCAGAACAGCACGUGAGCUGUCCUUUAAAAAGGGGGCUUCCCUCCUGCUUUAUCAUCGGGCCUCUGACGACUGGUGGGAAGGCCGUCACAACGGCAUUGACGGUUUGAUCCCCCAUCAGUACAUUGUUGUCCAGGACACCGAGGAUGGGAUGUCUGAAAGAUCAAGCCCAAAAUCUGAAGUGGAACUAAAUUCCGAGCCACCGGAAGAAAAAGUGACAGCCAGGGCUGGUUCAAAUUGUCCAAGUGGCAGCCAUGUUGCUGACAUUUAUCUUGCAAAUAUCAAUAAACAAAGGAAGAAGCCUGAGUCAGGGAGUAUACGAAGAGCGUUCCGUCAGAGUGACAGCCAUGGAUUACCCAGCUCACUGGGUGACCCCACACCUUCUGGAGCCAGUCCUCGUCCUUCCUCACAACCCAUUAUGAGCCAAAGUCUCCCAAAGGACGUACCAGUACCAGAUGCAUGCUCCAUCAGUGGCCAUGGGAGCCUCAAUUCUCUCAGUCGGCAUGCCUCUCUGAAGAACAGAAUAGAUAGCCCCCAUAUCAGGAAGAACGUGACUGCAGGAAGGUCAAAGAGCUUUAAUAACCACCGACCCAUGGAUCCUGAAGUCAUUGCACAGUAUUUGCUUCAGAUCAGGAAACGUCCCCUUAGAGGUGAUCAAAACAAGUCAAGUUUUGAAUUAUGAGCUGAUAAUGUGAGACCCUGAUGAGACCAACAGUAAGGGAAUGAGAUCAUAAUCACUCUCACCAGUAUAACUACUCUUUUUUUUGUAGAAUAAUUAUCUGAAUUAAAAUUUGAUUUAUUUCUUCAAUGUGUGGCUUUCUGCUCAUUGUUAUUACUCAUAAAGCUUAACUGUGUAGUUUUGCUUCCCAUAAAUCAUUUGGGAAAACACUUUCAAGAACCUUGUGGAAUCUGAGCAACUUCUUCAUGAUAUCUGCUUUUCAGGAUUCCAGCAUCUUUUCUACCGACAGUGUUUGAAUCUCUGAGCGCAGAAUGUUAGAAAAGCAGGGCUUUCUAUGUCAUUGUUUUCAAACUGGAGUCAAUUCUGUGUGUUUGCUUGACUGGUUAGAUGUUGAAAAGUCAUGAGAGAAGACAUCUAGAAGAAAAGCAACCUGCCUUGUUUUUCUAGGACUUUUCUAAUUCUUUUCUUGUGCUUCUCAGUGUUAGUCUGUGAUAAGAGGCUACCUUUGAACAAAGUAGCUCUCUUUGUUUCUGUUGGCAGGAAUAUGGGCUGGUAUUCCCUGCAUGUGUGUAUACACAGCUGUGACCGGAUAUGGAUGCUGAGACAUUUAAACCAAGCCCACACAGGGAAAUACCUUCUCUCGUAGCUGGAUGUUUCUCCCCAGCUAGAUGGAGAAGCCAGCUUUAAAAUGUGCACAAACAUGGGGCUCUCCUUCUCUUCACUAUUGAUAUAUUGCUUUCAUAAAGGGUUGAUAGUCAAGCAUUCUGGUUAGAGUAGUCCAGCAUGAGAGACAGGCCAAUAUAAAUAUGCUUUAAAAUCCUAAGUUCAGCAGGAGGGCCUUGUAUCCUAUUUUGUUUGAUUAGCUCUUUUCAGAUCUAUCCCAUUUUAAAGACUUCAGCAUGAGACACAAGGCAUUAGCAUUAUUUUCCCACUUACUGGUAAAAUGGAGCCAUACUAAAACACGGUGGAAUUUAAAAAAAAAGAAAAAAGACUUCCAGUCUCCAGAAACAACAGUGCAGCUAAGAUUGUCACUAUUGUACUACGUACAGUCAGGACCAGAAAUACUGGAACAAGGAU